AUGGUCCAAAUAGCCGUUCUCCUAAGCUCUGUUAGAAGUAAUACUGGCCAGCUAUCCUGUGCAAUAUGUAAUUGUAAUGUGAAAAAUGAAUUACUUUGGAAUGCUCAUAUUCAAAGUAAAAAACAUAAAGAGAGCGUCUUAAACCUUAAAGCACAAUCUAAUAAAGUGGAAACCAAACAUUAUGCAGUCAAUAAGAAAGUGGUAUCCCAGAAUGACGAUUCUUCCACUUUUGCAAAACCCACUUUACCCGAUAGCAAAAGAAAGCAAUCUGUCGGCGAUGAUGAACAAUCUGAGCUAGCUGCAAAAAAGUUAAAAGUUGAUGAGGAAUCAGUUAAUAAAUCUGAAGGAAAUAGCUUGCCUUCCGAUUUCUUUGACAGUGGAUCAGCGUCUAGUACAAGUACCAAUACUACGGAAGAAGCUAAACUUACUGCAAACUCACUUGUUGGAAAAUAUGAUGAUGAUGAGGAAGACAGUGAGGAUGAAGAUGAAGAAAAUGAUUCUGGAAAGAAUGAAACUGCAAACGAGCAACAACCUGUGAAAGGAACUUUGCCCGAAGGGUUUUUCGAUGAUCCUGUCGUCGAUGCAAAUGUUCGGCAUGUUGAAUAUAAACCAAAGAUUGACGUGGAAUACGAAAAAUUUCAAAAGGAGAUUGCUAAGGAAGAGCAGAAAUCAGAUGCUAUUGUUGAAGUUGACGACGUAGAGGCGCAACUGGCUCGUGAUACUCUGGAAGUUGUGGAACAAUUAGUCUGUGAAGAGAAAAUUGAUACUCUAAGAAAAGCUCGUGAGAUGAUGAAAGCCAAGCAACUGGCAGCGGCAAACGCUAGGAAAAAAUUGGAUAAUGAUAGCGAUGAUGACAGUGAGGAAAGUGAAGACGAAUUUUUUGAUUGGAGAGCAAAGAAGGCAUAG